GUUCAGCCAAAAUAACAGGGCAUUGAAUUUGCUUUUGUCUUGUCUUCUCUUUAUUGGCCACAAGGUUACACUAUAAACAAACAAGCAAACACUCGAACGUACAAAAAUAUCUUCCAAUCUCCCUAGAUUUUCCCAAGAAAACGCAAGAAAAUUGAAUUGGCCACAGAUUCUGGAGAGACUCAAACGGCGGUUAUGACUCCUUCUGGUGACCAAUUGGAGGACGCCGUCGUUUCGCAUAUAGAAGACCGGCCCAUUUCCUCCAUUCUCAUCAUCAUCGCUAUGCAAACUGAGGCACUUCCUUUAGUGAACAAGUUCCAGCUUACCGAGGAACUCUCCAUGUUACCAAAGGGGGUUCCUUGGGUAUGUUAUCGUGGUAUUUACAAGAAUCUUAACAUCAAUUUGAUCUGGCCAGGGAAAGAUUUAUCUUUGGGGGUUGAUAGUGUAGGUACAGUGUCGGCUUCUCUUGUAACCUAUGCAUCUAUCCAAGCAUUAAAGCCAGACCUAAUUAUAAAUGCAGGCACUGCCGGUGGCUUUAAGGCCAAAGGAGCAAGUGUUGGUGAUGUGUUUCUUGCAUCUGCUUGUGCUUUUCAUGAUAGAAGAAUACCUAUACCUGUGUUUGAUAUGUAUGGAGUUGGUUUACGCCAGGCCUUCUGCUCUCCCAAUCUUCUUAAGGAGCUUAAUCUAAAGGUUGGGAAAUUGUCUACUGGUGACUCUCUAGAUAUGUCCCCACAAGAUGAAGCAUCUAUCAUUGCAAAUGACGCUACAAUUAAAGACAUGGAGGGAGCCGCUGUUGCCUAUGUGGCUGAUCUUUUGAAAGUCCCUGCAAUUUUUGUAAAAGCUGUGACUUACAUAGUGGAUGGUGAGAAACCAACUGCAGAGGAAUUCUUGCAGAAUUUGGUUGCUGUGACUGCUGCACUUGAUCAAGCAGUCACUCAGGUUCUUGAUUUCGUCAACGGAAAAUGCCUCUCUCAACUUUGACGCUUGUUGUCCUCAGUUCAUAAUGAACCAGAUUUGAUUGGAGUGUUUGCUUUUAUACCCAAAAUAGCAAUGGUUCAUAGUUCAGACUUUCGAAUGGGUUUCA